AUGUUUCCUCGCGGUAUAGUCAUCUGCGUAUAUUCUUCCUCCGGAGAUGUCACUGAGGUCAUCGAAGUUGAUGACGCUUUAAGUGAGGAUGAACAAGCUCAAGCUGCUGAAUCACCUCAUGUUGCUGAACCGUGUACAAGAGAUCAAGGGACACAUACGAUUCAAGAUCUACCUCCACUGCCACCUCAAGCUGCUCGCAAUGUCCAGAUAGCUCCUGGUUCUGGUCUUCAUCAGGCCCAUGCUCCUACUUAUCCUUACAUGCCUCAGUGGCCGCACCAUCCUAUGGGAUACGCACCUCAUCCUCACAUGGCACAACAUCCGCCUCAUCCUCACCAACAGGAUCCGUAUCACCCACAACAUAUGGUCUACGCUCAUCCUCACCGAGUAACUCAUCCACAGCAUAUGGUUCAAUAUCCUCAUCCUCAGAUGCCGCAGUAUCCAUAUUAUCCGAUGACUCAGUGGUCUCAUCCGCAUAUGGCGCAGGCAUCUCAUCCACAUGCAUCUCCUUAUGUGGGACCUCAUGUUCAAUAUGUUCCUCCGCCGGGGUAUGUUCCUCAUCCUGGAAAUGUUACUCAAGCUGGACGUGGCCACCAGCCAGGGCAAACUCCUCCUCGAGUAGGACAUGCCCCUCCCCAGCCAGGGAAUGUUCCUCAUCCCAGGCGUGGAAAUCAGCCAGGUCGUGCUCAACCAAGCCAUGCUCCCCAACCAGGAAACACUCCUCAACCCAGGUACGUCCCUCAAACAGGCAAUGCCACUCCUCAAGCAGGAUUUCCUACUCCGACUCCUGCGCCUCAGUCUGUUGCUCCCACUCCGGUACCUGAGUCUGCUGCCUCAACCCCUGCACCCGGGUCUACCCCAUCUACUCCGACUCCCCAAUCUGUCGCUUCAACCCCAGCUCCAGAGUCUGUUGCAUCGACUCCUGCUCCUGGACCUUCCUCCUCGCGAACCACGACAACAUGGGACAUGGGACCUCCGCCUAAGAAGAAGAGAGGACCGAAGCCCAAGCCGUUAUCAGAACGCAAACCUCUCCGCACUAUACCAAUCGUUCGUAAAGAAAACAGCUACUCAAAGCAGAAAAGGAAGGAAGUCAUUAUGUGGAUGGUACAUCACCGAGUUUCACGUCUAGGUGAAAUGGUGCCUCCUUCUGCUCAGGAUGCUGAGAACCACUUUAAGAUCCCUCGAAGCACCAUUGCUGGAUGGAAGUUACAAUUGCUGGGGAGUGGGCCUAUUCCCAAGUAG